CGCUGUCAGAAGUGCAUUAACCUCUAAAUUCAUCUUUAUUUGUUUGGGUAGGAGAAAACUUUAUAUAUAUAUUAUAAAUAAAUAAAUAUAUUAGAACUUAUGAAGGCGAAAAUGGAUGAAGCACCCAAAAGAGGUCGAGGUAGAGGCAGGGGUGGAAGAGGUCGUGGGCGAGGUAGAGGUAGAGGCCGCGGAAGAGGUAAAAAAGCCAAAAUUAUCGAGAGCGAUGAAGAAGUAGAAGCACCAGUGCCCGAGGCCGUGGAGGAACCCUCUCCUCAGGUCGUAGAGAAUGAGGAAAACGCUGCUCCUCCGCCAAUCGACCUUGAGGCAGAUAUAUCUCAACUGGAAGCUCCAACUUUUACUACCAUCAACAGGGGACCCCCUGAGCCGAUGUUACGUUUGGAUUGGAAUCAUAAGGUCAACCUGAUAGGAGAGAAAGUGUUGAAUCCCUUGAUUCACUGCUGCGACAAAUGUUUGAAACCAAUACUUAUUUACGGAAGAAUGAUUCCUUGCAAGCAUGUGUUUUGCCUAGCUUGCGGAAAGAAAGAACAAAAACAGUGCCCCCGCUGUUUGGAUAAAGUAACAAGAGUUGAACAAACGGGUCUUGGCACUGUUUUUAUGUGUACUCAUGGAGGAACCAGAUACGGUCAGUCGGGGUGUCGAAGAACCUAUUUAUCUCAGCGUGACUUGCAAGCCCAUAUCAAUCACCGCCAUAUAGCCACCAUGACUCCACAGCCUCUAGAAACCAUCGAACCAGAAAGGACGCUACCCAUGCGUACUAAAACGGCCAACGAUCCCAGAUCCGGAGGCGGUCUACCGACAAACAUACGUCCUCGUCCUACCCCGGUGCAAUCUUCAGGAGUGAGGACCAAUCUGAUAACUGUGCCCAUUCAAGAAUCAGCACCUACGGUUCACGAGGCGAUACCUACUACUCAGAACUACUACACUCCGUAUCCCGCGCCCAGUUAUACUCAGACUCUGCCCCCUUUGCACAUUCCCCCGCCGCAGCAACCGCAAUAUUAUGCUGCGCCACCUGCGUACAGCGCGGCUCAGAGCUAUCCCGCUUAUACUGGGUCUACAGCUGCCGCUGUUCAAUACGCUGCACCAGCGCAAGCUCAAACAAGACCUAAUCCCCAGUUUGAUUACAGCACGGCUCCUCCACAGUGGACUAGUAACCAACAAUAUUAUAGAUGAGUGGAAAGUGUUGGGGAAUUUGGGAUUUUCAAUGUAAAUUGAAAUCAAAUGUUUUUUGUGGCUGAACAUUUUGAGGAUUCCAACCUCUUGUCGAGUUAUAUGAAUAAAAUGAUUUUUAGGUA